AUGCUUGAAUUAUCUAAAGGAAAUUAUUUACUUUCAGCUUUUAUUCAUGGAUUGGCAACACAUUUGAGAAUAUUCCCUUUAAUUUAUUAUCCUUCAAUUUUUCUUCAUUUAUCCAAUUAUAAAAAUAAAAAUUUGGGAAAUAUUAAAUUAUUUAUUUUAAAUUGUUUACAAAACAAGAGGGGAUUUUCAUUUAUUUUUAUAAGUAUUUUCUCUUUUUUACUUUCAACAUUUAUUUUUUAUUUAUUUUAUGGACAACCAUUUAUUUAUUCUUCUUUUUUGUACCAUUUAACAAGAGUUGAUGUUUCUCAUAAUUUUUCUCCAUAUUUUUUACCUUUAUAUUUGUCAAUGAAUAAUAAAGAAUGGACUAAAUUUAUUGGAAUUUUUUCAUUUUUUCCACAAAUUAUUUGCAAUGCUUUUUUUGCUUUAAAAUUUUCAAAUGAUUUGCCGUUUUGUUGGUUUUUAACAACAUUUGCAUUUGUCUCUUUUAAUAAAUUAAAUUUAAAUAAAUUAUUUUUACUUUUGGCCAUUUGGUUAUUUGCUCAAGGUAAUUGGUUAUUACCCGCUUAUUUACUUGAAUUUUGUGGAUAUAAUACAUUUGUUUGGAUUUGGGUUGGAUCUUUAAUUUUUUUAAUUACAAAUUGUUAUAUAAUGAUACAAUUUAUUAAUUAUUAUUUAUUUGAAGAGAAAAAAUUAUCCGAAAAAAUUGAAUAA